UGUUGAUCCUACUUCCUGACGGCAUAAAAUGUUUUAAUAUGAAGAUAGGCAGAACGAAGGACAUUUGAGGCAAAAGACGUUAACACUUAAAGCCGAAAUAUUUUUAUAAUUUUAAUCAAGAUCUGUUGCUGACUCUGUUUCUAGUAAAAAUCUGAAAAAUAGUGGUUACCAAACAGUAACGUUGGCACGAUGCGACUGCAUUCCUGGCUUUACUAUCGUAGUGGCAUCAAGCAGAUUAGAUUUUGUGACAGCCAAGUAGUAUUUACAACUAUAAUCCCUUAGUUUACUUAAGAUGACGCAAGAAAGUUAGGGUAAAUACGUGUUCACGUUAUCCACACAGUGGUUGUAAAAUGUUUGUGGUUUAGAGACCAUUGAUAAGUGGGCAGUUCCGGUCUGGGUGUUUUACAAAAUCUUUAAGUACUUGAAUAAAUUGGAUGUCUCGCUUACUCUUCCGUCAUUGAAAAUACCUCAGGUGGAACCUGGUGAAUGUGCCGGUCUCGGUCUGUACCGGCAUUUAGUAAUGCAAAGAUGAUUUGCCUCUUCUUGACCAUAUUUUCUAAUUUCUUCCAGACAGGUUGGACGGGUGUCAACGAGCGUAGCUUCAUAGCUGUGAAACCUGAUGGUGUGCAUCGGAGAUUGGUCGGUGAGAUCAUCCAACGCUUUGAGAAGAAGGGCUUCAGGCUGGUGGGUAUGAAACUAGUGCAGGCAUCCGAGGACCUCCUCAGAGAGCACUACUGGGACCUCCAAGAUAAACCCUUCUUCAAGGGACUGGUGCGCUACAUGAGCUCUGGACCCAUAGUUGCCAUGGUAUGGCAAGGACUGGAUGUGGUGAAGACGUCUCGUAGGAUGCUGGGAGAGACCAACCCUGCAGACUCCCUACCAGGAACCAUCAGGGGAGACUACUGUGUGGAAGUUGCCAGGAAUGUGAUCCACGGCAGUGACUCGGUAGAGAGUGCUCAGAGAGAGAUCUCGCUGUGGUUCAGGCAGGACGAGCUAGAAUGCUGGGAGGACAGCGGUGCACACUGGAUUUACGAGUGACACCGAUUCUGUUUUUACCUCAUUGUGACAAGAAAGAUACUUGCUGUGGAUUAGAGCAUCUGCUGAAUGGUGUAGGUGUAUAUUUAUGUAGACCCCAAACAUUAUUCAAAAGCCAUAUUCCCUAACCCUGAAAAUCAAACCUAAACCUAACCUACAUUUUAUUUAUUUUCUAAGUCAGGGGUGUCCAAACCAUUCCACGGAGGGCAGUGUGUCUUAAAAAUAGUUAGCGUUGGACCCUACAUUAUGCGCACAUAUCUUACCAUAGGUGUGAAACAUUUUCGAGACAAAAAUGAAUUUCCAUUCAAAAUCCUAUUUUCUUUUGCUUUAGUGGCCCAGUGUUUUUUCUGUAAAACCCGCCUGCCUAUCUUUGCUGACUACAAGCAUAAAAACAUUAUAUACUGUUUAUUCUAACCUUAAAUUUAAACUUAAACACUUAUCGCAACCAUAAUCCACCUAAAACAGCCUUUUCUUUGUUAGGCCAAUUGUCCUUAAUUAGCUAGAUGAAUGCACCUCGUUACUAAGGAAAAUGUAGCCAGCCUUUGGUAGCAGCUAGCUGUGAUUUAGUUGAGAGGGGGAGUGAUACUGUUUCUUUUCUGAAUUCAUUAAUGAAUGAACAAAUGGCAACUGACUUUCUAUUUUAAAUCAGCAAUUUACAUAACAAGAUAACAUUGACACUAAGCUGCAAGAAUUGUUGUACUGGAUUUUCCUGUAGCUACCUACAGCAGUGGUUAUUGGUUAUUAAUCUGAAGGCACACACAAACAGCUGGGUCAGUGUUUUUCAUAAUUUUAUAGUAGUUUUAAAUAUUCCACCUGUUACACAUCUGUUUUGAAGAAUGUCUUAAAAAUAAAAAAUUUUUACAGGGAUGUGAAAAAUCUCUACAUUUAUUAUUUGUCUUUAGCAUCCGAGAAGAAACCCACAGUCAAGCAGGAAUAUGCUGCAUGUUUCUUUCAUAACACUACAGGGAGUUUAUACUAAUUAUAUAGUUUCUUCCUAUUAUUAUUAUUUUUUAAGGGCAGCGGUCAGUCACACUCCUAACUUGUAUUUUUAGUUUUUUUGCAGAAACUUGGAAUUAAAGGGAGAAUUUGAAUUUAGGAAAUCUGUGUUUUGGGCUUGGUGGUGGUGAAUAUGCAGUGUACCAUUAUUCCAAUUAUUGUCCGGCUCACCGCACAUGCACCUCUACAAAAAUUGUCCAGUUGCUGAGUCCUGCGCUAAGGAUUUCUGCAUGUGGAGAAUGUAAUGUACAGUUAUUCUUCAACCAGGAUCUAAAUGUAACAUUUGUUAAGCAAUAUGUCUAGUACUGUUGACAAGGUAUGUUCCAACUUUACGCUUGCUAUUUUGAAUUGCGAGCCGCUGUCCUUGUGGUCACUUAGUCUGAAAUAGGGGUAUUACGGGAUGCAAUACAUUCUUUGUGCACAUGCCUGUGACCAAAAAGACUGAAUAAAAAGACUUGAAGGGUA